AUGGAGAAUUGUAAUCCUGUGAGUACACCAGCUGAGUGUGGACUGAAACUAUCAAAGGAUGACAAAGGAGAGAAGGUCAACUCAACAGAGUUUAGAAGCCUUGUUAGAAGCCUCAUAUAUCUUACUUGUACCAGACUCGAUAUUCUUUACGCAGAUGGAUUAGUCAGCAGAUACAUGGUGGCACCAACUAUGUCACACUGGAAUGCUGCAAAGAGGAUAUUGCGCUACAUUAAAGGAGAUGUGGAUGAUCGCAAGAGCACUACAGGAUUUGUAUUUUUCGUGGGAGAUACAACUUUCACUUGGAGUUCAAAGAAGCAACCUAUCGUGACACUAUCUACUUGUGAAGCUGAUAAGCAUAUUGAUACAAGAUAUCAUUUCUUACGAGAGUGUGUGGAGCAGAAAGAAGUUAUGCUGAAGUAUGUGAAGACUGAAGACCAGAUUGCUGAUAUUUUAAUGAAGCCGCUGAUGCAAGAUGUAUUCGUCAAAAUGAGGACGCCACUCGGAGUAAUGAAGAAUUGA